AUGAUGGCAUCUCGCAGCUGUGCGCUUAGUGCGCUGAGUGCGCUUGCCGAGCUCAACCGCCUGCUGAUCAGCGAUGGUCGUCGGAGCCUGUGGACUCGUUCACUACAGACCUUGGAUCAGAUGCAAGCCUCGCAGAUUCAAGCUGAUGCCUUCACCUGCAGCUCUGCAAUCAGCUCCUGCGCGAAAGGGGCUUGGCAGAUUGCCCUUCGCUGCUUCGGCAGCCUGUGCCGAUCUGUCCUUCCCAAUGCAGUCGUGUACACCACCCUGAUGGUGGCCUUCAGCCGGCAUGGAGAGUGGCGACAGGCCCUCGACCUAUUCCGCCGCCUGGUUGCGGAGCAUGUGCAGACGGACAUCGUGCUGUACGGCGCCGCAGUGAAAGCCUGCGAGGAGGGCAGCCAAUGGCAGGAGGCCAUUUGCAUCCUCCAAAGGCUCCCUGACCGGGCGUUGGUCCCAGACACGACCCUGUUGAACUCGGCCAUCAGUGCUUGUGAGAAGGCCGGAGAGUGGCCUUGGGCUCUCCACUUGCUCCGAACGCUUUCGGACUGGGUCCUCCGUGCCGACGCCAUUUCUUUCAGUGCCGCGAUCAGUGCUUGCGAAAAAGCCAUGCAUUGGCAGCAGGCACUUCUCGUUCUUGGUGAUGCCGAGCGCAGUUUUCUGGAACUGGACAUCAUCCUGUGCAAUGCCGCUCUCAGCAGCUGCGCCAAGGGAGCAUGGACGUGCAGCUUGCAGCUGCUUGCCGGUUUGGAGCACAGGGCGCUGGCAGCAAGCCAGAUCACCCUCAAUGCGGCAACGGCAGCUGCUGCGGCCAGCCCAUGGCAGCUCGCUUGGUGCCUGCUGCCCAGCUUCACAUCCCAUGCCCUCCGGACCGAUGUGAUCGCAUACAAUGCUGUGGUGUCCGGUGUCGGGGGAGAGUGGCCGGUGGCCUGCCAGCUGCUUCGCAAAAUUGAGGAGGUGUUUCCAAACUCUUCAGUGGUGAGUUAUACGGCAGCUUUGGAAGCUUUCGCCACGCUCGAAGAUGCGGAGUCCAGAUGCGCCGAAUGGCGGAGGGCUCUGCAAGUUCUGUCUGCCUCUCCCUGCCACAAUGAGCUGACUUUCGAAGCCGCCAUCCGAAGUUGCGUCGCUGCCGAGAAGCGAAGAAGAACCGUUCUGCAUGUGCCAAAGUCUCGUGAAUUAUGCACAGAGACGUUGAACCUUGCUGCCAGCUGA